CCAGCCGUCUCAGCGUCAGGCGCGGGCCCCCGGUUCCAGGCCCCCCCCGGCGCGUUUUGCGCAGAGAUGGCUUCCGCCGCGACGACCACCCGGCGCGGCCGAGGCCGCGGCCUCGCCGCGGCCAUCGCGCUCGCCGCCGCCUGCCGGCUGCUGGAGGGCCCGCUGGCCUUCCUGUCGGCGGCGGGCGCCGGCAGUCGCCCGCGUGCGCGGGGUGCCUUGGUGGCGAGGCCACGCGGGGCCCUCGGCCGCGCCUCGCGCACGGCGAUGGGCGCCCGGCCGGACACCACCCUGGAGGUCGGGUGCAAGGUUAAGGCGAUGUCCCCCGACGACGAGCAGUGGUAUUUUGGCAGGGUGACGGAGGACGCUGGCGCGGGCAAUUGGGUGGUGAAGUGGGACGACCCAGACGGUGGCCCAGAGACCAACUCGCUGACCGAGGAGUACAUCAAGAAGUUCAUAUUCACCAAGGACUACAAGGUCGGCGACGACUGCAGGGCCAUAAAUCCCGACGACGAGCGCUGGUAUCCUGGCACGGUGGCGGAGGCGCUUGGCGAGGACAAGUUCCGCGUGAAGUGGGACGAUCCUGAUGGAGGCGAUGAGACCUUAGACGUCCACGCCGAGAACAUGAAAAAGGUCAUUGUUAAGCGAGACUACAAGAAGGGCGACGAGGUGCUUGGUAGAUUUCCAGAGGACGGCAUGAUGUACCCAGGUACUGUAGUGAAGGCGAACAAGGAUGGUACUUUCACGGUCAAGUGGGAGGAUCCCGACGGUGGCCCGGAGGAGUCCGACGUGAGCCCGAAGGACAUGAAGGUCCCUCCCAUCCCGUUCGACUCGCUCGAGGUCGGCCAGGAGUUGCCAGGCAGCUCGGUGCCUCCAGCUGGUGGGCCGUCGGACAUCGGAGCCGAGGGCGAUGGGAUGUUGCACAUCUCGUCCAUUUCCACGGAGCGCAUCGACGACAUCUACUCGGUGUUGGAGGAGGACCAGGAGGUCAAGGUCUGGAUCAGCGGCCUGCGCGACGACGGGAAGUUCGGCCUGACCAUGGUCGAGGGCAAGAAGGACGGCGCCCAGGGGCGUCGUGUCCAGAGCGACGUCACCCCUUUCGAGGGCGUGUCCCCGGACGAGUGGUUCGAGGGCGAGGUCGUGGGCACGCCGUCCUUCGGCGCGUUCAUCGUGUUGACCGCAGAGGACGGGACAGAAGCGCAGGGCCUAUGCCACGUGUCCCAGAUCACCGACGGUUUCGUGGAUAACAUCAACGACUACGUCUCGGUGGGCCAGACAGUGAAGGUGCGCGUCCAGUCCGUGGAUUUGGACGCGAACAAGAUGAGCCUGAGCAUGAGGGAGAACGGUGGCUAUGGUGGCGGCGGCGGAUUUACCUCCCGGGAGCCCGCCGACCUCAGCGCAUUCGAGUCCAUCAGCCCCGACGAGUGGCUCACCGGCACGGUGGCCAGGUGCGCACCCUUCGGGGCCUUCGUGAACGUGAAGGCGCCAGACGGCGCCACGGCGGACGGCCUGGUGCACAUCACGCAGAUCAAGGAUGGCUUCGUGGAGAGCGUGGAGGACGAGGUCCAGGUCGGCCAGGAGGUGAAGGUCCGCGUGGUCAGUGUUGACGUUGACAACGGCAAAAUGAGCCUGAGCAUGAAGGAGGAGGGCGCGGGCUUCGGCGGCGGCGAGCGGGAGCCCGCCGACCUCAGCGCAUUCGAGUCGAUUAGCCCCGACGAGUGGCUCACCGGCACGGUGGCCAGGUGCGCACCCUUCGGGGCCUUCGUGAACGUGAAGGCGCCAGACGGCACCACGGCGGACGGCCUGGUGCACAUCACGCAGAUCAAGGACGGCUUCGUGGAGAGCGUGGAGGACGAGCUCGAGGUCGGCCAGGAGGUGCAAGUCAGGGUGGUCGACGUCGACGUUGGCGCGGGCAAGAUGGGACUCUCGAUGAAGCCGGAGGGCGCAGAAUGAAGCGCCGCCAGCUCGAACUUUUUUGUUGCUGCGCCCGGUGGGGAGAGCCGCUAGGAGGCGAUCCGCCGCCCGUGCCGGUCUCCGCGAUUGGCGGGUAGGCUGCGGGGAGGGUCGAAGUUAGGAGUUCAGCCGUUUGGAAAUGUGUCGAAUG